CUCUCAACUCUUAAACCUCAUCAACCUCAUUACUCAUCAUUAUCAAAUCAUUAUAAACAUUUAAGCGAUUAUCCACACUUAAAACGUUAAAACAAUAAUUGUAGAAUAUAUUAAUAUCAAAUAUACAUCAAUAACACAGAUUAUAUAUAAUAAUCUGUGUUAAUAACUUCAAUAUUUGGGAUAUCACGGAUGUAUUGUCUAUAUCGAGGCUUGUGUAAUUGAAAAUUGUAUUAUUGUAUUUAAAUUGAACUCUCAAUUCGUACACAAGUGAUAAAUCUAUUUUAACUUAAUUCGUUCUCCAAAACAUGUCCUAAAGGAAAUCGUAGAUAAAUUAGAUAAAAAUAUUUCAAUUUGUCUGUUAUGAAAUAGUCAUGAAUAUAUAAGAAGUAAUACAAAUUCAUCAUUAUGUCUGAAACGGAGAAAACUGUCGAUGGUUCAGGCUGCAGUUUUAUAUUUAAGAAAAGAACUGUAAAAGCCAAGGGAGUUAGGCAGCGUCAACAAUCUAACUCGGGUGAAGAAAAACCAAGUAGUGAAGUUGAUGAAAAACCUGCGGUAGUACGUUCUAAUAAGAGAAAAUUCAAGGUAAACCCUAAUAUUCAGCAAUCAACUAGGUUAGAAAAGAAACUCAAAGCUGAAGCUAAUGAAACUGAUUCUGGGUCAGAUAGUGACAGUGUUUUAAUCAGUUACAAGUCAAAUAAGUCAGCAAUGCCACGAGGACCUCAAGAUCAAGGUGCCACUGCUACAUUGGAAAUUGAAACAGAGAAAGAUCGAGAUGCUCAAGCAAUUUUUGAGAGACGUUUGGAACUAAAUAAAGUACUUGAAGGCAAACAGGAUGACAAAAUAUAUAGAGGAGUGAAUAAUUAUGCUCAGUAUUACAAACCAAAAGAUACAGCAGCUGGAAAUGCUAGCUCAGGUAUGGUAAGAAAAGGUCCUAUUAGAGCACCAAGUAACCUCAGGGCUACAGUACGUUGGGAUUAUCAACCAGAUAUUUGUAAAGAUUAUAAAGAAACUGGAUUUUGUGGGUUUGGAGAUAGUUGUAAAUUUCUCCAUGACCGUAGUGACUAUAAACAUGGUUGGCAGCUUGAAAGAGAAUGGGAAGAAGGCAAAUAUGGUGCUGAUAGUGAUGAUGAUAAAAAAUAUGAGAUAGAUUCAGAUGAAGAACAGUUGCCUUUUAAAUGUGUUAUUUGUAGGGAAAGUUUUGUUAAUCCAGUAGUAACCAAAUGUAAGCAUUAUUUUUGUGAAAAAUGUGUUGUGAAAAGACACAGGAAAACCAACCGUUGCUUUGUAUGUAAUGCCCAAGUAACCAUAUUCAAUCCGGCAAGAAAUAUUUUAGAAAGGCUGAAACAAAGUGAAGAACAAGAAAAAAAGAAGAAGAAUGAAGACAGUAGUGAUUCAGAUUGAUUUCGUAUUUUAUUUCCAAUCAUUUAACCCUCUUAAUAAUAAUUUUUACUGUAUAUGUAUGUAAAAAAAUAAGUUGCAAAAUCUUUAUUUUUUGUGCUAACUAAAAUUUAUUUAACAUUAUAAAUAAUAAAAACAUUGUUACAUAUUUUUCAUUUAAAAAAAAAAGUUAAUAUAAAGAUGAUACAAUAUAAAA